UUCGUGAGAGGCCUGGACCCUGCCUCCCUUCCGCGAGUGCUGCGGGUCUGCUCCGGAGUCUACCUUGAGGGGUUUCAGGAAGCCCCAGACUGGCCCGGAACGCCCUAUUUAGCCGAGGAGAACCCUGAGUUCCCGCUCUUCCUCUUUGCUGAUCCUUGGGAGCGCUGACACCACCCCUCUGAGCUGUCACUUUUAGGAAAGAGAAACCGCUGUCGCUAUUUAUUUGCUGACUUGAAAGUGCUGGCCCCUGUUCCCGGAAGCACAGACACGUGUCUUCAGGGCAGUGAAGCAUCCAUCACCCUUAGCACCGGGCCAGGUUCCAUCUAUGAGCUCUUUGGAAAUGAGUGCUGCCUCUCCACAGGGGACCUGAUCAAGGUCACACAUGUCCACCUCCAGAAGGUGCUGUGUGAGAACCCGGAGACGGGUCAGACCUUGGAGCUCAGCCUCAACUUCACAGGUCUCUUCAGCACACUCACCAGCCUGCAUAGCUACAGAACCCUGGAGGACCUCAUCUCUGCCAUGCCCCAGCCUACACAGUGGCCCAUUUUCUUCAGGUCAACUCGAAGAAUUGUCACAGAGGCCUGUGUCGUGCGGGAGGACCAGCCCCUGAGGCUCGAGGCUGUGGAAACGAACCACGGGACCCACUAUGCCUGCUGUGUCCAGGAAUCAAAGACUCAAAAGGUCACCUUUCAUCUGCCCCUUUCCCAGAAGGGGCCCUUCUGGAGGUUGAAGCCCAGCGCCCCACAAACCCUGCUCCAGAUCCUGCAGGACCCGGCUAUGAAGGACUUUAAGCUCACCUGUCCAGACCUACCCUGGCCCUCCGUGAUCCUGGAGCCUCAGUAUGUGCUCCAGGCCAUCAUGCACAUGCGCAGCAGCCUUGUCAAGAUCCCGUCCACCUUGGAGGUGGAAGUAGAAGAUGUUACUGCCUCCUCCCAGCACAUCCACUUCAUCAAACCGCUGCUGCUGAGCGAGAUCCUGGCCCGGGGAGGCCCCUUCCCUCUGUCCGCGGAGAUCCUGCAGGUUCCUGAAGGCCUACCCAUCUUCCUCAGCCCGUGGGUGGGCUCCCUACGCAAAGGCCAGAGGCUCUGCAUCUACGGCCCAGCCUCACCCCCCUGGCAAGUGGUGGCAUCAAGCAAGAGCCGGAGGGCGCCCAGAUACUUCAUACUCUCUGGGGGCUACCAGGGCAAGCUCAGGCGGAGGCCACGGGACUUCCCCACAGCCUAUGACCUUUUGGGUGCUCUCCAGCCGGGCAGGCCUCUCCGGGUGGUGGCCACAAAAGACUGUGACGGGAAUGAAGAGGAGAAUCCUGGGUUUUCUUUCCUGGGCGUGGGCGAUCGGCUGGAAGUGCUGAGGGCAGGCCAGGUCUGUGGGUCCCAGGGCCAGGACAUAGACGUCUUGGUAUGCCAGCGGCUGAGUGAGCAGGCCCGGGAGGAAGAAGAGGAAGAGGAGGAGGAAGAGGAAGUGGUGGAGGACAAAGAAGAGAUUCUGUUACCCCUCUACCUCUCGGGUGGCUUUGUGGAGGAGGUGAACGAUGGCCGACGCUAUAGCCUGGCGGAUCUCACUGCGCAGUUCUCCCUGCCCUCUGAGGUUAAGGUGGUGGCCAAGGAUCCCCGUCACCCCAGUGACCCUCUGGUCUCCUUCCCCAGCCUGCGGCUGGAGGAGAAGCUCUCAGAACCCUUUCUGGUGGUAGGCCUGGACUCCCAGCCAGAAACGUGCUUUGAGAUUCCGCCCCGAUGGCUGGACCUGACAGUGAUGGAGGCUGAGGGAGAGCCAGGCCAGGCGGCCAGGCCGAGUUCUGUCCAAGCAGUGGAGGAACUGUCAGAGUCCUUUUACUACAGCCUCCGGAAGUUGCCAGCCUCUGUGAGCCAAGCCCCACCACCCAGGCCCCCAAAGAGCCAGGGUCUCUGCGAGCGGAAGCCAAGCACACAGAGCCACGUGGAGGACGUUGUGAAGCCUCAAGUUAUAGGAGCGAAGCAGUCAUGCCCACAGCCUGAACGCAAGGUGAAGAGCUUGGAAGACCUCCCCCAAAACAAAUCCAACCUGUAUAGCAAGGUCUUCACCCACAAGAAAGACCACAAGUCCAAGGCCAAGUCACAGAAUUCAGCGCUGGAUGUGAAACCUAAAUCCUCGAGUGUGCUCGACAUAUACCCUACCCCCGAGUCACAUGUCCUGCCUGACCCAGACAUAGAUGACCACGACUAUGAAGAAAUCUGAGCACUUUUCAGAAGAGCACCUAGGUCUCAGGGAAGCCACACUUCCCCGCUGCUCCCGCACAAAGACUGGGGCGCCGGCUAAGCGCUGGGGGACGAAGGGCAGAGCCUCAAGCGACUUAAGGCUCAGACAGGCACAGAACCAACACUAUUCCUCCUGCCUCUUUGGUUCCUUGCCUCUGCUUGGUCCCAGAAGGUUGCACGUGACACCCUCCGCCUUAGAGCUGUGGUGUCCAGAGAAGCCAUUCAGGUGCUGGUCACUCCCGGGCUCAGAGAAUCAAAGGCCGCUAGCUUCGCUGUUACCUGCCUGUCAGUAAAGGGAACUCCGUCCCUGCUGCACCGCUACGUGUUUGCCAUCCCCUUUGUCCGCUCUGCCACGUCUGCAGUCCAGGCUGCACCUGGAAACAGACAGUGUCCUCAUAUCGGGAGAACCCAGCUCAUGGCCAGUACCGGGUAGAUGGGCUUGUAUGAGUAAAUAUGGAAAUUUGCCUCCAAGAACAAAAUCUCAGGUAGGAUUUAGUUCUCCAAAUCUGUUAGUGGAACUAAGGCAGCUAAGUUACAAAGUUGGAGGGAUGGGAGAAAUGGCUCAGUGGUUAAGAGCACUCUGCUGCUCCUGUGAAAUAGGAUUUCUGGGGCUGGAGAGGUGGUUGAGCAGUUACGAGGGCCCAGGUUCAGUUCCAGAUUCAGUUCCCACCCUGCUGUGCACAGCUGUCAUCCAGUUCCUGGGAUUCUGAGGCUCUCCUCUGGCUUCCGUGGCCUCUGCACGAGCAUGGUGCAUAUACAUGUAGGCAAAGUGCUGGGACACAUAACAAGUAACAAAGGAUUUGUGAGUGAUCAGACGCUUCAGUGUAGGGAAAGGCAGCAGUUUCUUAGCUCGGUGUUUCUUUGUUAAAAGGAAGCAGCUGAGUUUGGAUCCACAGCACCCACAUAAAAGCCAGGCCUAGCACACACCUGUAACCCCAGCACUGGGAGAUGGGGCCAGAGACAGGCAGAUCCCAGGGGCUUGCAGGGCGGCUGGUCUAGCUGAAAUAGCAAGUUCUAAGUUCAGUGAGGGACCUUAUCUCAACCCCACGUUUGUUGGAGAUACCUGGUGUUAACCCACUGGCCGUUCGUGCCCACGUGGGUCCGUGUCCUCAAGCAGCUGAAGUACCUCACACAUACACACCACACACACACACACACAAAGUAUGCUCGGCAACUGCAGCUUUCUCUGGAACAAGCUGGGUGUGGGAAGGACCUUACAGUGGGGCUGGGGGUGCCUCCUGAGCAGUGGCCUUCCAAGGGAUGAAUGCACACCAGUGAGUGAGGGAACAGAAAAUAGGUGUCAGCACUUUUUGUUUUGAGACAAAGUCUCACUGUGUAGCCUUGGUUGACUUGGAACUUGCUCUGUAGACCAGGCUGGUUUCAAACUGCAGAGAUCCGCCAGCCUCUGCCUCCCUAGUGCUGGGAUCACAGGUGUUUGUCACUUCUCCUGGCUCAUUUUUAUUGCAUGCUUUAUAAUGCUAGGUAUAUUAAUAGGGUAAACUUCUGUAAACAUCGCUAAACAAAAUAGAGUGUGUGUUCAAACCUUUUACCAAUGUAAGGUUCCUCCUAGCAACAUUAUCUUCUUCCUUUUUGGUUUAUGAAAUCAACUGCAUUAAAACAAAGCCAUUAACCCACACUAAA